AUGAUGUCUUACCUCAAACAGCCCCCCUAUGGCAUGAAUGGGCUGGGGCUGGCGGGACCUGCGAUGGAUCUUCUCCACCCCUCCGUGGGGUAUCCGGGUGAGCCGCACCAACCUCUUUUGCUUCUACCGACUGAUUAUUGGCCAGGCAGAUCCAGCCCCUCCAAGCAGCCUCGUAUUUAAUUUAUGCGGCUGAAAUAAAAUAGUUCCUCAAUUUAUUGUAGAGGUUCUACAAGGCGAAAGGGAUCCGAGAGCCUAUGGAUAAAGCUCUUGAUAGAUCAUAUUAUUUUUUCCAGGUCAGCAAAACCAUUUUCCAUAAUUGAAUUAUCCACUCUUAUUAUCACCCCCAUACCUGUGGUAUCCUAAACUACCCCUGUAUUGGAAAGUGAACACUGCUGAUUUUCCUGGCGUUUAAUUCAAUGUUAAAAUGCUGAUUUCUCAUGGCACCCUAGCACCCCAGGGCAACCUUUAAACAGGUUGGUAUUUAGUAAUUUGGUAUUUAGUCCCUAAUUAUAAUCAAUGGGGAGCACGCUAGCAAAAUGUUUACUGUCCAAAGUGUGAGUUGCCAAGUUUCAGAUUUUGACUUGCUUUUUAAGACCCGAUUUAUUUUUGUUGUUGUUGGAGUGUAUGCCUUGACAAUAUUACAAAUAAAACAAAUGUGGGUUUAACCUACUUGCACUUUGAGGGAUACAUCUAAAGCCAAAUACAAACACGUUUAAAUGUUAGUUCUCCUAAGGUUAUUCGUGCUUGAGAACUAACUGGGGGUGGAGGUGAAAUCCUUUGAUUGCGAACUUGGGCUGCCCAUCCGAAGUUAGGAGCCAAUCUUUUCUUUUUUCCCGGGUCCAUAACUCCACAGUACUCCCCGCCCCUACGGAUGAGUUUGCUGAGAAAUGAAGAAAUGGGGUGUUAAUGGGCUUUCCCCGUGUCUUUUCAAAUGCUGUUAUAGCCUGAUCCACAACCCAGUUAAGCCGGAAGUCGUGGCAUAUAAUGCGAGAAAGUGCUGUCUAUUCCCAGCUCAAGAAGUUCUCUGUCCUUCAGAAAUGCUUGAGUUCUCCUGACCCUGAAUGCGCAGGCAGCCCAAUCCUACGGGCUUUCACUGUGAGGUAACCCUCUGCUGACUUCAGUGAAACUCGCUCCCAUUGCAGGGCUGCAGCUUUAAACCGUCAUUCCAAAAAGCGUGUUUGUUCUGCAAAGUAGCACCAAUUUAAUUCUGCUGCAGUUACUGCGGAGUAAAUUAUACCUAGGAUUGCAGCUUUACUUGGAGGAUUCAAGACCUAAGGUCUUCCCUGGAACUUAGGUCCAACUGAAGUUCUUUUUAAAAAUUAUUUAAAUGACUGGGCUGUAAAUAAUCUAUUUAAGUACAGAUACUUCCAUUUUAACUGGGUUGUCGCCAAGAGACCCAGAACUUCAAGUGAGCUGCUCUUUUACGUCGGAGGCCGCUCAGGAAACUCAGUCUGCAACCCGAAUAGAAUUUCCGUCUGCGCUUACCUCCCCUCCUCCCCGGGAGCUGCCCUGUGGUCCGCACAGUUUCUCACCCUCCCCUACUCCAACGGACGCUUUGUGUUUAUAUUUAUGCGCCUUUAAAAAUAUCAGGAGCUGUCCUUGUGAUCUGGAGUUCUUUGUGCCUCCCCGCUUGCUGGACUAGAGAGCGGCGAGCGCGCGUCUCUCCUCCACCUCCCCAUCCAGAACCAGGGGCCGGGGGUGGCGGAGGGCGGGGCGGCGGGGGCGGAUCUUGACCAUGCCGCCACGGGUCCUCAAUGCCCCUUUCUGUCUUUCUGUCCCGGGACCCGCAGCCACCCCGCGGAAGCAGCGGAGGGAGCGCACCACCUUCACCCGGUCGCAACUGGACGUCUUGGAGGCGCUUUUCGCGAAGACCCGCUACCCGGACAUCUUCAUGAGAGAGGAAGUGGCGCUGAAAAUCAACCUGCCGGAGUCCAGAGUCCAGGUCCGAUGGCCCUUGGGAAAGCAGCGAAGCUGGGGCAGAAGGGCGGCUGGCCCUGUGGUGGGGAAAGGCCGGGGCGGGGGGCGCUGGGGGUUUUGUUCUUCUCUUGGCGGGGCGCGCUCGAAAACGGGAAAGGACUUUACGCGUGGAAAGUUCGCUUUGUUUUAAUUUGCGGAUUUCCCCCAUUUUUUGUGUGGCUGGCCAUAUCUUCCCUGAGUUCGCACCUAACUAGGCCUCUCUUGUUAAACUGCAGCUAAAAUUCCUUACCCGCCAAUGCUGGAGCGAAAUAACUUUCGGCGCUUAAGUUAUAUAACCAAAAGUCUCACAAUUAGGAGCUUUGAAGCCGCUUGUUGGAGUCUGAACAACCGCCUCCGUUUGGCGUCAAGGUCCAAUUCCCCUUGGCUAUAUAAAGACUAGCUGGACCCGCUCUAUUGACUUGUUUUCUCCUUCUCACUAGUCAGGAGGCUAACAAUCCGAUCCUAAACACAGAUAAAUGGGCACACUCCAGCCAAAGUUAGAUCCAACUGAGGCCCACCAAGUUCAGUUGGGUUUGAGAUCAAACAAAUACGGUAGCUUUUUAAUUUUAAAGUGUGACUGACUUUUGUUGGAUUGUGCGUAAUUUGUUUAAACCCCAUUGAUUUUCAUCAGGGUUGGGUUUUUUACCUUUUAAAUCUAAACUUUAAUUUAAAAAUUGCCAAUUCAAUAAACAAAACAACAAACUAAAAUGCAUCAUAAAAUGUCAUGAGGGCAAACAGAAUGAAAAUACAUUAUAAGGUAAUAGAGCUAUAUAAAGAGAAUGGAUAGCAUAACAGAUAUUCCAUGGUGGGAUACAGGAUUCAUUUUUAUGCAAAAUAUAUUAAGUAUUCAUAAACAUCACUAGAUAAAAUCAUAUUGAGUAGGAGUGUGGCAACCAUGAGUUGUUUGGUCAUGUAAAUAAUGAACAACGACCAGACAAUGCAAAAUCUGAGGAGUCUGCAUCGCCCCUGGAAGCAUGUAUCUUAUGAGUCAGUUUUUAAUAAAUGACAAUAAACACAACAUUUUUGAACCAUGAGUUCAAAGAGUAGCAAGAUGUGUCCUUUCACCCUUGAGAAACCGCUAAGCAAGCAGCAAAUAUAAAAUGAAUUGUUUACAAAUAAGAUUGGCAUUGGCACCAUCAAAAAUAGAUAAAAGACAUAACUGAGAGCCCAGAGUGACCUGUUUGUCUAUGAUAAUACUAAUUUCUGUUGCCGCCUAAUUCCAGAACUUGUUUACAUAGUUACAUCCCCACCACAUAUGCCAGUAUGUUCCUCAUACCUUGCAACCCCAUGAGCAUAAGGGGGAGCCAUAUCUUACAAUUAAAAUCAGUUUCAGUAUGUCAGUAUGUUUAAGGUCUGCUCCCCCAGGCACAUUUGGAGCAAAUUUCCUUAAAAUAUUACCAAGUAAAUAUGUGUUAUAUUCAAGACAAUCCUAAAUACACUUAGAGCAGAACCUUAAUCAUUAUUAGUUGGAAGUCUCUCACUAGGACUUCUUUACAACUUAAAUUUGUUGUGAUUUCUACCUUUCUUGGAAGGAAAAAUCACAUUAAUUUCAAUUGAAGUCUAUUUCCACCGGGCGCCACAAGGGAUUGCAGGGCGGCAUGGGGGCUGCUGGGUGUCCCUGGCUGCUGCACUGUCCCCUCUUUAAAAAAGCUCCGCCCUAGGCACCCCUAGUGCAGACCCAUUGAAGAGACAUGGUUGAUCCUGAAGUAGUUCAGCUGACUCCCACAGGACUAGUAAAAUAAACAUUGUGACCCAGUUGCUACAUUAUGUGAGGCUUUUGUUUUGUUAUCUUCCCACCUCAUCCCACACAUACAUUUCCCUUUCCUGUAGCAUCUUAAGCUCAGUUGUUGACUUGAAACUCACACACUGGCUUUGCCAUAUAUGAGGGUUUGCUUUUCAGUUUGUUUAUUCCAAAAGACUAGGAGCAGGCAGACGCUAAUUUGCCAGACUUCAGGUUGCUGUGUUUGGAUUGGGUGUGGGUAUGUAUGCGUACACACCUUGGCUCAAGUCAGAAUCCUAGGAAGAAAAUCUUUUUUAAAUGCACUUUGAGCUCAGAUUUCUCAAACCUUUAUUUCCCUAAAGCCCACUUUCCUCCAGAUGGAUCCCCAACAGUCAACAAAGGGCACCUCUAGAACUAAAUUCUGCUAAUUUGGAUGCUGCUGCAGCUGCUGUAGGCUAGAGUGGAGAGCAGAUACUCCUUCACAGGAGUCCAAAAGAGCCAGUUCCAUUUUGAACAUUUUGAUGCAGAGAGGUGAACGAAGAGUGUUUAUUAUUUUGCAUUUGCAAAGUUUUGCUAAUAAGAUUUUGACCAGUCUGCACAACUCUGGGGAAGCCCCACUUAGCUAGGCUUGGCAUCACACCAAGCCUUGAUGCAAUCCAGCUUCGUCUGGCUAGAGCUUAUUUCAGGGGUUUCCUCUGGCAACCCAUGGAAAAGGAGGGAUUCGGUUUCAGCCUGCUGAGGCAAGGUCAUAGACUAUUUCCUGACCAUACCUCCUGUGCUGUAUUAGUGUUAGUGACUAGAUAGGACAGGCCAUAAGGCUUCUCUUUAGAACUGUAAAUAUACCUGUAAUGUAAAUGCAACCACACCUCUGUUGUGCAAGGUGAGAUUCUUCCUAUCUGCUAAUUAUCUGGUCAAUGUCCUCUUUCUCUUUGAGGGUCAUUUCAGGCCUAAGGGGUUUUCUACAUGGAAAGCAUUUACCUGAAAAAGAAAGGAAUUAAAAAGUGCAUGUCAUUGUUGCAUUUCAAUGCAUGCAUGCAUGUUAUGUGGGCAGGCUGUGUUUUACUACACGUAAAUGGAGUGAAGUACAACUAUGCAUAAUAGAUCACAGAGAGCUAUGUAUGUAGGACACUAUUAAUGACUAAAAUGGCUCCAAGAUCUGUUCCUACAUGUAUUCCUACAUGUAUUUACCUAUGAGCAAGCCCUAUUGGAAACUCACUGGGACUUGCAGUGGUGAAGCACCUAUUGAAAAGAGUGUUACUCUGAUCAAGGUUCAAUGCAAACAUACUUGAAAUUAAGUCUGUUUCCUAUACUGUUAUUGUAUUCGUGAAAUAGCUACUAGCUGAUGUGGCAUGUUACUUAACAAAAAAAGAAUCUAUGAUUAAAAUGUUAGCGAUUGAGACUGAGAUUCAUAAAAGCUUACCAAAUAUCACAAAGAUAACCUGUAUGGGAGGCGGGGGGAGGGACUUAUGUGAGAAUUACAGCCAUUCUGAAUUCCAUACUAUGGGUUCUCUGGACUUGGAUUGCUACACUGAAAUUCCAGUUCCCACAAAGUGAUUAAGGGUGAUCCAUCUUGUCUGUCAGAUAAUAAGAUGAACUGAGUUCCCAUAUAAAUGAUAGAUAAGUGCACUGUGAUUACGAUGGUGUUAAGGCAGCUAAGUCCUGGAAGCAAACUGUUUUAACUUCAAAAAUUCUGUGCUCAUCACACUGUCAGACUGUUGGUGAAAUGAUAUGUAGGUGGUAGUCAACGUGACACAGUCUUGAAACUCUACUGGGAAUUUCAUUGAAGGACUGGCUGUAACAGAGCACUUAAUACAACUGGGUGGGGACUGGGCUGUAUGUCCUUGGCACUGACAGGUGGAUGUUAUGCUGGUUACAACUUGAUUUUCUCGUGUUAAGAUGAGAACUCUGGCUGGUAAAGUGUGAAGGAACCUGUUGAAUUGAUGAGACGAUCUUGCAUAAGUAAUAAUAAUGGGAAACAAGAUUCAUUUGGCUGCUCUUCAGUGUGUUGGUAGCAACUGUAUCAUGCUGAUGCUGAUAUCCUUUCAUACUGACAACACUGAGUGGUGUUCCUUGCCUUUUUACGCCAUAGACUCAGCUGGGCAAGUGUACACUAAAGCAGUGGCUGUUAUGAUAGUUUUUGGUUGGAUAUGGAUUUCGUUCAUGUUUGUUCCAUGUAGUUUGGUGGAGCAGAGUUUAUCUAGGAGCUUGCUAAAGGAUGCAGGAUACUGAUUGUCUUAGACUUUUUGGAGAUGUAGAUGAGGGAGCUGACCGACUGAUGAGCAAAAGGAAGAGUAGACAGUGGGCAGUAGUAACAGGAUAGAAUGCUACCUGUUGACUAGUCUUACAGGUUGAAGGAUAAGGAAUGACACAGUAAAAAUGCUGGCUUGCUCUUAACUGAUCAUAAAGGAUACUAAUGGUGCUAUGUACUGGGAUGGGUGUGUCUGCAACAAAGGAAUGGUUUCUGUUUUGGGUAUGCUGAGAGUUAUACUGUCUCCUAAAAGAUAGUAUAAAGCAGGGUAUAUUAAGAUGAUAGCUCUAGAUAUAUAUUUAGGGGGGAGGCCAAGCUGGGUACUGUUGAACGGAACAGGCUGAGAACUUUGUUCCUAAUGGCUUAAGGUUACCAGAUUUUUUUCAAUGAAUCUGGGGACACUUUUCAACUUGACUGGAUUUUGUAUGGGGACUGGUUUGUAAAUCCAGGGACUGUCCCUGGGAAACGGGACGUCUGGUAACCUUAUAAUGGCUCCCUCUCUCCGUAGGAUGGGAAUGUAGAAUGGUGUUGGAAAGAGAAUACUGUGUUCUGUUGGAUGGAUGCUUAAUUAGGGGGUGCAGUUCUCCACAUCUAGCAUUUGCCUGUUGGGUGCAGAUGAAUCCUCCUUGCUAGAUAUUUGAGAGGGACAGGUGGAGGGAUGGAUUUAACAUCUUUGCUAUAUAUAAAAUCUCUAGCUAAUAGGAUUCUUUAAAGCAAUCCUUUGGGCAAGGAGCUGCUAGGAGCUCUGUAGCAGUGCAUGCUUUAGGAUAAGAAAAUCCCAGAUUAAAUCUCCAGUUUCUGAAUGGAGAGAUCCUCCUCGGAAACCCUGGAAACCCACUGCCAGACAGUGUAGACAAUACUGAGCUAGCUGGACCAAAUGUUUGACUCAGUAUAAGACAGCUUCUCAUGUUCCUACGCUGAUGGCUGGCUCACUGCCUGCUUCUAUUGGAUGUUACUAGUAGAAGGUGCAUGAGGUGCUGGACUGCCAGCUUAAUUUAUAAAUGGCUAUAAGGAGGAUUGGUUGGACAGGGCUGUGUUGGUGGAACUGGUGCAGACUCCCACUCCCUUUCCUACUUUUUGAUAGUAUGACAUUAUGGAUGUGGGUGGACUGGCAGCCCCUCUCUGCAGGAGCCUGCUGGGAGGAGGAUGGAAGUUGGCUAGGGGGGAAACUUGAUCCAACCAUGAUGGGUUGCGUCAUUCACCUGAGCGGAAGGUGGGUGUCAUGCCAGGCGGGUGCUGAGUCUGGGGGUGUUUUGGCCAGGGUGUGAUUUGUGGUGGCUACGUGGGGUUCCAGAGUCGCCCAGAAUUGGUUAGCUGGGUUCUGUUCUGGGUCGCACCAGCGACUUACCUUCCCUUUCCCGCGGGCCCCCCGAGAGAGAACGCGCUGAGCCAGAGUCUGGGGGCUCCUGAUUACCACUCGUAGGAAGCCGGCAAUGGAUGUGUAGAUCCAUUGUGUAGUGAUGUGUAGUGAUGGAGGAUGAUAGGCUAACCUGGACAGCUGCUAAACGGCCUCUUCCCCCCUGCACCGUUCCGCGUAGAUUGAGAUUGUUUGGCACUUUUCUGUUUCGUUGCGAUCACACAGCGCCUUCUGCCUUGGGAAGGAGACGGCUGAGGGGGGAAUGGGGAGAUCGGGCGUGAGGGGAAGAGAGUGGGUGGCAGAGCAGGGGUGGGGUCCCUUAUUCGUGGAAGAGCCUGUUCCGCCCCCGCCCCCAUUUUCUUUUCUUUUCUUUUUCUUGCAGGUCUGGUUCAAAAACCGCCGCGCCAAGUGCCGCCAGCAGCAGCAGAGCGGCAGCGGCGCCAAGAGCCGGCCGGCCAAGAAGAAGUCUUCGCCGGCGCGGGAGAGCUCGGGCUCGGAGAGCAGCGGCCAGUUCACGCCGCCCGCCGUCUCCAGCUCCGCCUCGUCGUCCUCCUCCAGCUCCAACUCCUCGGGCCCGGCCGGCGGGGCAGCGGCCUUGGGCAACCCUGCGGGCAGCGGGGCCGCCGGCUCCGGCUCGGCCUCGUCCUCUUCCUCGGCGUCCCUCGGCAGCGCGCCCUCGGCCGUGGCCGCCUCGUCCAUCUGGAGCCCCGCGUCCAUCUCGCCGGGCGCCGUGCCCGAGCCCCUGGCGCCCGGCGGCGCCUCCUGCAUGCAGCGCUCCGUCUCGGGCGCGCCCUCCGCCUCCUACCCGAUGUCCUACGGGCAGGGCGGCGGCUACGCGCAGGGCUACCCCGCGCCGCCCCCGCCGCCCCCGCCGCCCUCCUCCUCCUACUUCGGCGGGGUGGACUGCGGCUCCUACUUGCCCAUGCACGCGCACCCGCACGCGCACCAGCUCAGCCCCAUGGCGCCUUCCUCCAUGGCCGGCGCGGCGCACCCGCACGCGCACCACCCGCUGGGCCAGGGCUCCAGUCACCACCACCAUCACCACCACCACCACCAUCACCAGCCGGGCUACGGGGGCACCGGACUGGCCUUCAACUCCUCCGACUGCCUGGACUACAAGGAGCCGGCCCCAGCCGCCGCCUCUUCCUGGAAGCUGAACUUCAACUCCCCGGACUGCCUGGACUACAAAGACCAGGCCUCUUGGCGCUUCCAGGUGCUGUGA